AUGGGUUCAUACGCUUCGGACCUCCCUGAUUACUGCAAUGAGCAGGUUUUUCAGCGCAAUCGUUUGCCCACCCGAUCUUAUUGGAUCCCCCAAGAUGCUCUUCUUUUGAAUGGGAGCUGGGAUUUCCAAUACGCACCAACGCCAUUUCAUCAAGUUAACGAGUGGAAUCCCAUUCAAGUGCCGGCUCAUUGGCAAUUGCAAGGUUACGGCACGCCUCAUUAUACCAAUGUCCCCUAUCCCUUCCCGGUCGACCCACCCUUCGUUCCCACCGAAAAUCCAGUCGGCACUUACAAAAGGUCGUUCCGAGUUCCAUCAUCCUGGACGGUUCCUUCCCAGAUUCGAUUGAGGUUCGAUGGUGUUGACAGUGCUUUCCACUUGUUUAUCAAUGGAAAGGAGAUUGGAUACAGCCAAGGAAGUCGAAAUCCUGCCGAGUUCGAUAUCACCGACCAUGUUCUCCUCGAGGAGGACAAUGAGGUGAUUGUUCGGGUAUACCAGUACUGUGAUGGGUCGUAUCUGGAAGAUCAGGAUCAAUGGUGGUUAUCAGGUAUCUUCCGGGAUGUCUACCUUCUAGCUUUCCCAGUUACCGCCAGAAUUGAGGACUUCUUUGUCCAGACUUGGUUGGACGAAGAUUAUAAGGAUGCCACAUUGCAGAUUAAUCUUCAGCUUCACCUCGAAACUACAUCGACAAUUGAUAUCAAGCUCCGGGACCGUGAUUCCUCGCUCAUCGGACAGACGCAAGUGUCAGUAUCUGCUGAAUCUCCACCCCUACAGCUCAAACUGUCUGUGUUGUAUCCUCGGAAGUGGACUGCAGAAACACCCUAUCUUUAUGACCUCAGCAUUGAUCUUAUCGCCCCAAAUUGCAAGCCUCAAGUGAUUCAUCACAAGGUCGGCUUUCGGCAGGUAGAGCUUUUGAAUGGAAAUAUCACAGUUAACGGCAAGGCCAUUCUUUUCCGAGGCGUCAACCAUCAUGACUUCCACCCAUUAGAUGGACGCGCAGUAUCACUGGAGUUCCUCAGACACGAUCUCAUCUUAAUGAAGCAACACAACGUCAAUGCCGUUCGCUGCUCCCAUUAUCCUUCCCACCCCGGAUUUUACGACCUCUGUGACGAAAUCGGUUUGUGGGUGAUUGAUGAAGCCGAUCUAGAAUGCCAUGGCUUUAUUCGAGGUGAUGUGGACAUGAAGAACGUACCUCAGGAGAUCUGGCAGAAAGACGGGGCCGAUUCAAUUGAAGAGUAUCUCAGUCCUACACUGGCCAAGUACACCAGUGACAAUCCCGCUUGGCGCGGUGCAUAUCUGGACCGAAUUGAACAAAUGCUUCAAAGAGACAAAAAUCACCCCUCAAUCAUCAUCUGGAGCCUCGGGAAUGAGGCGUGGUAUGGUUGCAACCAAGUCGUCAUGUACGAGUACGUCAAAAAGCAUGAUCCCACACGGCUUGUCCAUUACGAAGGAGAUAGGAAGGCCGAAACGACAGACAUGUGUUCAUACAUGUACCUUGAACUCGAGAAUAUGGAACGGAAGGCACUGGCGGAAGGUGAUGAGUUCACGAAGCCCAUAAUCCUGUGUGAGUACGGAAUGGCACUUGGGAAUGGACCAGGUGCAUUGGAGGAAUACCAGGAAAUGUUUCACAAACAUCGACGUUUGCAAGGAGGAUUUAUCUGGGAGUUUGCAAAUCUCGGGUUGUGGAAGGAAGACAAAGGAUAUUACGCCUAUGGAGGAGACUUUGGCGACCAUCCAAAUGAUGCAACGUUCGCCUUGGAUGGGCUUGUCCUGUCAGAUCACUCACCCGGCCGUGGCAUUAUCGAAUUCAAGAAAGUCAUCGAGCCGGUUAAAGUCAGUGUCACUGAUGGCAAUGUGUCGCUUCAUAACCUACACGAUUUUGAUUGCCUCGAUAACCUUACACUUGUUUUGGAACUAUCAAAAUUCAAUGGCCGUGAACUGGAGACAAUUCUUCUGGAUCGCAAACCAUGUCCUACCGCCAGGCCGUCUGAGACAAUCACCAUGCCUCUCCCAAAGCUUCACGAUAUAGAGAAAGAUGUUGUGGAAUGCCACCUGAGUAUUAGCCUUCAGGGGGGUCCAACUUUUCUCAUUCAGUUUGACCGGAUCAGAGGCUGUUUAACUGACUGGAGACUGGGUGGCCAAUCUGUCAUCACCUCGCCACCAACCCUUGGAGCCUGGAGACCCGCAACAGAAAAUGACAAGAAGUAUGAUGCUGUGCGAUGGAGCGAAUUUGCCCUGGAUAAUCUUCAACGUCGCAUAAUCUCCGCCUCUAUGCGAUCAUUUAGCAAGGACCGUCUGGAUAUCAUCGUCGAGGCUUAUAUCGGGGCUGUCAUGCGGGACUGGGGAUUUGUGACCACAAUAAUCUACUCGGUCUACGGGGACGGCACAGUUAUCAUAGACCACCAUAUUCGUCCUCGGGGAUUCCAUCCUUCUAUUCUCCCCCGAUUGGGUCUUGAUAUGCAGCUAACCCCAGAUUUCGAGACUGUCGACUGGUUUGGAUGUGGACCGGAGGAGUCCUAUGCGGAUAAACGCAAUUCUCAAAAGGUAAGCUUGCACAGUCGAACCCCUGAUCAACUCUAUACGCCAUACGAAUAUCCACAGGAGAAUGGUAAUCGCGCAGGAACCCGCUGGCUUCGGCUAGCAGGUAAUCGGAAUAUCGGGCUGGUAGUUGCGCGAGUGGAUGAAUCUGGGAAUGCAGGGGAGGAGUUUGACUUUGCGGCCCUCCAUUACACUGGCAUCAAUAUAGCUGAUGCAAGCCAUCCGACAGACUUGGACAGGCGGGAGGAUGUAUUUCUUCGACUUGAUGCUGCGCACGCAGGUUUGGGAACUGCGCGGUGUGGCCCUGCGACGCUUGACAAGUACCGAGUUCCAUGUCGCGAGACCCGUUUUGCAUUUGUUUUCAAGCCGAGUUCAAUGUAA